ACCAAGCACUCACUCCUUCCUUCAUCACAGAGAUCUGACUGUUCCUUAACCAAGCGCUCACCUAUCUAUUCUUCACAGAGAAGAUCUGAGGAUCGAACGCCGAAGACUUGAUGUUACUGAUGUGUUGAUUUUGAAUCACACGUAGAGAGGGUCAGCAAGCUGCCGGACAAUACAACUUGAGAGGUCAGACUCAAGAUAGCAUGGUAGCUAAGUCCCAGAUUUAUUACGUAAGACUAGAGCAUGACAUAACUGAGCGACUGUGCCCCACGUGGUCGAGAGUACGCAUGUGUUCCAAAAAAAGUGGCGCUGAUCAGACGAAGCGACACGUACUUGCACUCCUACGCGCUGCCUUCGCUAUUUACUUCGUUAUUCAAAUCAAGGAAAGAACUGUACGCCGUGAAUUAGAAAUGCCUGACCAACCAUCUUUUGACAAUAACAAUCUCGUCCAAAACACGAUCUGCAGUCAGGAACAAACAGCCAACGGGCUCUCUUAUCUUAAUGGUAAUUCCACCAAGGUAAAAGAAAACCACAUCUCUACCAAUGGCACAACAACAACCAAUAUGGGACCAAUAAAAUACCCACAUGUAUUGGUCACAGGUGGGGCAGGCUACCUUGGAUCAUCCCUGGUCCCAAUCCUAUUAGACCAGGGUUACAAGGUCACAGUAUAUGACCGCUUUCUUUGGGGGAUAAGUUCCUUAUACCCUUGUGCUAGUAACCCACGGUUACAAAUAAUCAAUGGCGAUAUCCUGGAUGUUAGGCAUCUAAGUCAGUGCAUUUCUGAGUGCGACGCUGUCAUUCACUUAGCGUCCAUUGUGGGGUAUCCGGCAUGUGAGAAGGAUCCCCAGAAAGCAACAGAGGUGAACGAGCAAGGAACCAGGAAUGUGGUUGAUGCUUUACUUCCUGGACAGCCCCUGGUCUACGCAUCUACCGGGUCCUGCUAUGGUGCCAUUGAGGAUGGUCUGUGCACUGAGAACACCCCCAUUAGUCCUCUCACGCUGUACGGCAAGACUAAGGCUAAUGGUGAGGAGAUGGUGCUGCAGAAAGAGGGCGUGGCACUGCGCUUAGCCACAGUGUUUGGGAUCUCCCCCAGGCUUCGACUGGAUCUUCUGGUGAAUGACCUCACCCACAAGGCAAUCACCGUGAAGCACUUUGAUCUAUACCAGGGGAAUUUCAGACGCACUUUCCUACACGUCAGGGAUGCUGCAAGGGCUUUUGCCUUUGCGCUGGAAAAUUUUGAUGGGAUGAAAGGAGAAGCUUUUAAUGUUGGUGACGAUCGCAUGAACAUGUCUAAAGCACAAGUUGCAAAGUUGAUAGAAGAAUUGGUUCCUGAUUGUACUAUCACGAACACGGAGAAUGGAGAAGACAAGGAUAAAAGGAACUAUGAAGUUUCAUAUAACAAAAUUCGAAAUCUAGGAUUUAAGGCCACAAUUUCCAUUGAUGAUGGAAUAAAGGAACUGCUGAAAAUUGUACCAUUACUUUCACCAGAAGAUGUUUACAGGGCCAAGAAUGUAUGACAUUGCUAUUUUAGGACUGAAAUAAGUGAUCUAAGGAUUUCAGGCCACAAUUCAGAAAAAGAAUGGAAUAAUGGAAUUACUGAAAUUUUACCAUUACUUUCACCAGAAGAUGUUUGCCGAGCCAAGAAUGUAUGACGUAUGCAUGGACGAUACAUAGGACUGCAGUUAGAGAUCCAGGAUUUAGGGCCAUAAUUUCAGUUGAGGAUGGUAUAAAUUUUACCCUUACUUUUACCAGAAAAUGAUAACCGGGCCAAGAAUGAAUGAGACAGGCAAGGACGCUAUUAUAGGACUGUAUUUAUUGAAGGGAGGGUCUUUGAUUUAGAUAAAGCUUUGAGGCUUUACUAUAAAGAGAGGCAUGUACUGUAUACGCCCUUUUUCUUCAUAUUCGCGUGCGUCUAAACACCCAUUUGUAGUACAUCAGAUGAGAAUGCUCUAAGGCCAUUGUAGGUGAGGCCAUUUUAGCUGUUGUUUAUGUAUGGAUAAAGUGUUUGAGAAAAAAAGCUUGCAAAAUAA